GGAGUCCAAGCGCACAUUCACAUCGAUCGUGAGCCCGUAGCAACUGCUUCUGUCUGGGGUGUAGGUAUGGCGCCCGCGAGGAAGCCGAGAGGCGGCGGGAACCCACGUCAGGGUCUCGCCGUGUGCUGACUGCGACCCUGGUCUGAGUGGACUAUGGGGGAUCCCGGCUCCCUGGUCACGGAAGGCGGCGCGGGUGAACGGAGCUGGUGCUUGCGACGAGUGGGGAUGAACGCCGAGUGGCUGCUGCUGGAGGAUGGAAAUGAGGUGACUGUAGGGCGAGGAUUUGGUGUUACAUACCAGUUGGUAUCAAAAAUCUGCCCUCUGAUGAUUUCCCGAAACCACUGUGUUUUGAAGCAGAAUGCUGAGGGCCAGUGGACAAUUAUGGACAACAAGAGUCUGAAUGGUGUCUGGCUGAACAGAGAACGUCUAGAACCUUUAAAGGUCUAUUCUAUCCAUAAAGGAGAUCACAUCCAGCUUGGGGUACCUCUGGAAAAUAAGGAGAAUGCAGAGUAUGAGUAUGAAGUUACCGAAGAAGAUUGGGAGAGGAUUUAUCCUUGUCUUUCCCCCAAAAGUGACCAGAUGAUGGAAAAAAAUAAGGGCUUGAGAACUAAAAGGAAAUAUAGUUUGGAUGAAUUAGAGGGUUCUGGAGCUGAAGGCCCCUCAAAUUUGAAAUCCAAAAUAAGUAAAUUGUCUUGUGAACUUAGUCAGCCAGUGAAGUCACAUGGGAAGGGUGAAGUGGCCAGUCCACCUUCUGAAUAUUUAGAUACUAAGUUGACUUCUUUUGAGCCAAGUGGGAAGACCACAGGGGCUCAUGUUAACCCAGGCCCUGCAAAAGUUAUAGAGCUUCAUCGUAAGAAGAAGAAAGCUUCAAAUCCUUCAGCAUCUCAGAGCAACUUAGAGCUGUUUAAGAUAACCAUGUCCAGGAUUCUAAUGCUGAAAACACAGAUGCAGGAAAAGCAGGUAGCUGUUCUGAAUGUGAAAAAGCAGACCAAAAAAGGGAGCUCAAAGAAGAUUGUGAAAAUGGAGCAGGAACUUCGGGAUUUACAGUCCCAGCUGUGUGCAGAGCAGGCCCAGCAGCAGGCCAGAGUGGAGCAGCUGGAGAAGACCAUCCAGGAAGAGCAGCAGCAUCUCCAGGGUUUGGAGAAAGAGGAAGGAGAAGAGGACCUGAAGCAGCAGCUGGCCCAGGCUCUGCAGGAGUAUCGGGCUCUGAUGGAAGAGCUAAAUCGCAGCAAGAAGAACUUUGAAGCAAUCAUUCAAGCCAAGGACAAAGAAUUGGAGCAGACCAAGGAAGAGAAGGAGAAGGUGCAAGCACAGAAGGAGGAAGUUCUCAGCCACAUGAAUGACGUGCUAGAGAAUGAGCUCCAGUGUAUUAUUUGCUCAGAAUACUUCGUUGAGGCUGUCACCUUGAACUGUGCCCAUAGUUUCUGCUCCUAUUGUAUCAAUGAGUGGAUGAAGCGGAAAGUAGAAUGCCCCAUUUGUCGGAAGGACAUCAAGUCCAAAACCCGCUCCCUGGUUCUGGACAAUUGCAUUAGUAAGAUGGUAGACAAUCUGAACUCAGAAGUGAAAGAACGACGAAUUGUCCUCAUCAGGGAACGAAAAGGAAAGAGAUUGUUCUGAAGAUGGUGCUCCAGGGGUGUUUGACAGACUGCCAGGCACUGGGAACUUCGGAUGGUCUGGAGGAUUCUCUUGGACAGAUCUUAUAGCAGCUCUGAGAGCAUGGGAUGGAGCCACUUGGGACAGACUGAGUUAGGAAACCCUCCAUCACGAGCCUAUGCCUGGGCCGUCCCUGCUGCCACCAUUGUCUGCAGCCCCGACUGCUUCAGGGUACUUGAGAGACUCUGUUUCACUACAUGUUGUAUGGGUUAUAUAUUUCUGUUGUAAUUUUUAAGUUUGUUGUUGUUAUUGUUUUGGUACCUCUGUUACAUUUGUUUGGGACAAAUUGGGUAUUACCCCUAUUGCUGCCCCUGAAGGCAAAGGCAGCCUAUUUGAGAGGAUGGCAUACCUCUUCUUUGUGAAAACAAGAUGUCAUUUCCUGAAAAUAAAAUGUAAAACCGAUCAGUU